GCCAUCCGCCUGGGCAAACUCGAGUGCGACAGCCGGCUGGCCGAGCUACGCAAGGAAUGCCGCACCUACAAGGCACGCGUCGAGGAGCUCGAGCGCGCACUGCAGCUGAACACCGGCCGUUCGCCCCCUACGCCUACGCCGGCGCCGGCUGCGGAAACGCGUGUCAGUCCUGCGCCGCUGCCCACGGCUCCGCGCGUGAUUCGCGUGACGGGUCCCAAGGCGGCGGUCUUCAACGACGACAGAUUUGAGGGCGAGAACGACGACAACGGCGCAGAAGCUGAAGAGAAAGGCAGCGAGGAGAACGGAGCCAAGGAAGACGACGACGACGGACAUCAUCAACAGACCGCGGGCGGGAGCGGUGAGGGCGAGGACAGCCACAUCGAACUGAGCGAAGAAGAGGAUAACGCGGAGGACGAGGGGGAUGAGGAGUAUGGCAACGACGAAGAAGCCGGUGGCAGCGAAACGGAAGCCGACGGCGGCGCCCAGCAUACGAUGCCGUCGCUAACCGCCACUACGACCACCCUGGCCACGGCCGCGCCGACGAAGCCAAAGUCGCGAGGGAGAAAGCGCAGCGCCGAGACCGCGUCACGCCAGGAGCAGCUGGUGAGGGAGCGCCACCGAGCGUGGAACGAAAAGUACGAAGAGCUCAAGAAGUGGCGCCAGGAGCACGGCAACAUGACCGUCCCCAUUUCAGCCAACAUGGCGUUGUCGAGGUGGAUCUACGUGCAGCGAUACGCCAAGAAGAACGGCAAGAUGGCGCUCGAGCGCGAGCAGAAGCUGAACGAGCUGGGCUUCGCGUGGACCUCCACCGACCGGCUCGACGUCUCGCCCGGCUCAGAGGGCGGCAAGAGCAAGUCGAAGUCCCACAAGAGGAGGAAGACCAAAGAGAGCGUGGUGGUCACCACCACGACACCGGCGACGAUGAGCGACCUGGUCCGGCCAAGCGAUGGCGCACAACCAUGA